AUGUGGAGCCCUGGAGGCCAGAGGGCCGCCCUCCUACUGGCUGUGAUUCAAGACCGGCUUGGGGCACAGCAUGAUGUGGCAGCACUGGUGGACCUGUGCCAGGCCUUAGGCUUCAAGGUCACCUUGAGGACAGACCCUACAGCUCAGGCAUUCCGGGGGGAGCUGGUUCAGUUCCGGGAAAAGCUGGGAGCUCACAAGGGCCCUGUGAGCUGUGCCCUACUGGCCCUGAUGGCCCACGGGGGGCCACAAGGGCAGUUGCUGGGGGUUGAUGGGCAAGAAGUACAGUCCGAGAUGUUGGUCCAGGAGCUGAACUGCUGCCAGGCACUGCGUGGCCGCCCCAAGGUCUUCCUGCUUCAGGCCUGCCGUGGGGAGAACAGGGAUCCUGGUGUGGGGCCAAGAGCCCUCCCAUGGUACAGGCGCUGGCUGCAAGCGCCCCCAGGCAUCCCCACCCAGGCAGAUGUUCUCCAGGUUCACGUUGACGCCCCAGGGAGCACUGGCCAAGCAGACAUCCUUACUGUCUACUCAGCUGCUGAGGGCUGUGUGGCCUAUCGGGACGAAGAAAAGGGCUCAGACUUCAUCCAGACGCUGGUGGAGGUCAUGAGAGCCAACCCAGGAGGAGAUCUCAUUGAGCUGCUGACUGAGGUCAACAGGAGGGUUUGUGAACUGGACGUGCUUGGGCCGGAAAGUGAUGAACGGCGCAAGGCGUGCUUGGAGAUCUGCAGCUCCCUCCGGCGCCGGCUCUGUUUAAAGAAUUGA